AUGAAUAACCAGAAUGUAGAUGAGCAUAGUCUUCUAUUCAUUUCUCAGUUGUACCCUACUGUCUAUACUCCAUUAGUACCACAACAAGCAGGAAAAUCGAAACCAGCGCGGCCGAGGAGGAGGAGGAAGAGCAAGACUGUUGCGGCGGCUGAGGUUGAUGGAGAUGGAAGCAAUGGGUGGUUUAGGAAGAGGAAAUUGAGUGAUGAGCAAGUACGAAUGUUGGAGAUGAGCUUCGAAGACGAGCAUAAGCUUGAAUCAGAGAGGAAAGAUCGGCUUGCUUCGGAGUUAGGGCUUGAUCCUCGUCAAGUCGCUGUCUGGUUCCAAAACCGCCGUGCACGGUGGAAGAACAAGAGGCUUGAAGAUGAGUACACUAAGCUCAAGCACACACACGAAAACGUCGUCGUUGAGAAGUGUCGUCUUGAUUCGGAGGUUCUUCACCUAAAGGAACAGCUUUAUGACGCUGAAAGAGAGAUCCAACGGCUAGCACAAAGAGUCGAAGGAACUUUAAGCAACAGUCCGAUCUCAUCUUCUGUCUCCGUCGAAGCCAACCACACGACACCGUUGUUUGGAGAUUACGAAGUGGGAAACGACGUCGGUGACGGCUACGAGAACUUGUUCUACUCGCCGGAUUACGCUGAUGGGUUGGAAUGGAUGAGCCAGUUUAUGUGA